AGGUUAAUAAUGUGAUAAACAUAGACUUCAAAUUAUUUUCGAUUUUAUUUACCGUUAUUCUUUUAAGUUUUUACAAUCUUUAAUUUUUUUAAUAUCAAUAUGUAUUCUGCACUAUCUGGCAUUUGGAAUUUUAUAGAAGAUAUGAUAGAUGAUUAUCUUGACAUUGAUAUCACUUUAUGGUUAUUAAUGCCAUUAUUAAUAACAUUUUUACUUCCAUUGGUGAUUGUCCUACUUUUAUAUAUAACGGCUUUAAUUUUAUAUGUUUAUCGAUUACAUAGACAUCGAUUGAGAAGUGCCUAUGGAACUGACUGGAGAAAUGCAUCACGUAAUGUAGUUGCCGCUGUUUGGGACGCACAUGGAUGGAUUUGGCAUGGUUAUGAAGUUGUGGGUCUAGAGAAUAUCCCAACAAAUGAACCAGUUUUAUUCAUCUACUAUCAUGGAGCAAUUCCAAUUGAUCUUUACUAUUUCAUAUCCAAAGUAUUCUUAUUUAAUUCAAAACUUAUCCAUACUGUGGCCGAUAGAUUUCUCUUUAAAUGUCCUGGUUGGUCUAUUAUUUCUGAUGUCUUGAAAGUUGUACCUGGUACAAUUCAAACAUGUUCAACAAUUUUGAAAGAAGGUAAUAUGUUAGCUAUAUCACCGGGUGGUGUAUACGAAGCUCAAUUCGGAGAUUCAUAUUACCAACUUAUGUGGAAAAAAAGAUUAGGAUUUGCAAAAGUAGCUUUAGAUGCAAAAGUAUCAAUAAUUCCACUAUUUACCAGAAAUGUUAGAGAAGCAUUUCGAACAAUAAAUUGGGGAAGAAGAUGGUGGUUAAAGUUAUAUGCUGCAACUAGAUUUCCUUUUGUUCCAAUUUAUGGAGGUUUUCCAGUGAAGCUGAAAACUUUUAUUGGUAAACCAAUACCAUAUGAUGAAAAUCUUACACCAGAACAACUUCAAAUAAAGAUAGCUGCAGCACUUGACGAUUUAAUAAUUCAACAUCAAAAAAUACCAGGAAGUAUUUUAUGUGCGUUAGUUAAUAGAUUUUAUGACAUAAACAAGACCUCAUGCAAUUUAAAAAAUGUUACUUUUAAAACAGGAAUAGAAUAAAAUGAUAUUUUAAUAUAGAGUUUAAAAUGGCAUUUAUCGAGUUUGUUAUACAUUUAGGUGCAUUUCUUAAAAACUGCUCGUAUAUUUUUAUUUAUAUUUAUAACAUUAAAGAUAUUUUGUAUUCCAUGUUA